GCCAUUGCCAGUGCUACCAACACACAGGCGCGCUCAGCCGAGCAUGCCAGGAAUGCCGUCACACACGCUACACAACUUUGCUGUGUCACCCCAACCGGGGUGACGGGGUUUUUGGCCUGCCAAAAAUGCAACAACAAGCCAGAUUGACAGUUCUCAUCGGCCGCAGGAUUUGCUACUAUUUUUUGUCGCCUGACGGUGGCGAGGCCCGGGGAAAUGGAAGGAUAGGGAUCGCCCUGAGUGGAGGAAAAUUCAUUUUCAUCGGUGCAUUAAAGUUACGUGAAGAAAGAGUGUAGCUGCAGCAGGAAGAAAAAAAAACCCAGCUGGCGCCCCUCUUUUGGUGCUCCGUGUUGCGUCCGUAUGUGUACGCGCUCCGUUGUUGAACCCUUCGAGUAAGAUCUGCUGCACAUGACGGUGAUUCGCAACUAAAAAGUGGAACAGAAAUUUGAAUCCACGUCUCUUGACUCUCGGGACUACUGGAAGAGGGGGUACGGACGUCCACGAAGUGCGUGAAGCUUAAAACGUGACCAAAAAUAGUGGUAGCAACCUUCUGGGUCCAGACUUUUUCCGGGAUCAUCACCGUCUCCGUCCCGUGGAUAAUAUGUGUUGCUGCGUCCCGGGAAUGGAAAGCCGGAAAUUCUGGAUGCGAAAUACUAGCCACGGGUAGCCUUAUUUUCAAACGAGGGAUAACGCUACGAAGCAAGGCACUACACCUGUUGCACCGAGUAUAUAUAUAGUGUGUGGUCUGUUGCUAGUGCCGACUGUUAUUAGGAGGGAGAAGGCCACUGGGUCUCCGGUGUCGUGGUGCGUGUUAGAUGGGCUUGCGCAAGCGCGAACCCGAGGGAUGCUGCUAGGGUGCGGGCGUGUUGAAUGCAACAAACAACAACAACAAAAGAUCCGUACGUCCAUUGUUCCGGGGUGUGUGCGCUAUAAAAAGGAUGUGCGACCGGCGAGAUUCUGUCCAGUGAAUGUCGAACCACCGGACGGGAGAGUCAGCUGUACCUUGGAGCUGUUGCUGCUUGCAAUCCCCCGCCCAGUGAGUGAGUCCUAGAAUAUUCCAUUAAUUUGUUUUUUUGGGAAAUCCAAUUCAAAAGUGUACAAAAGUGGUGGUGUUCGUUAGAUAGAAUCUAAUCCUUGUCCCGCCGCGUCUUUGGAAUCAGUGUUUGAAGUUGUGCAUUGAAGAACACUUUUGGUGGCCGUUGUUUGAAGGAGUAGUAGUAGCACCUCUACAAUCAAACCGAUCGCGAUUCGGUAUAGUUUUGAGUACACGCGCAAACAAAAAAAUCCUCUCAAUCAACCAAAAUUCCGAAAAGAAAAAAAUAAUCCGCCACUUAACGUUUAACGUGAAACGCGUGUUAUAAAUCCCGGUGUGCAUGCAUUGUGACAUCUAUCAACCUAAUCAAACAAAACAAAACGAAAACAAACUGUAUUGUGUGGACACAACUGUAUGUAACUGAAACGAUGGUUAUAGUCGCCGGCCAGCGUCGAUUGCUCGGUUGUGGCAUGGGAGAAAAAUGAACGCCAUCGCUGACUGCUGCAGCAAGGACCAGAUGUCUGCUAGUGGUAGUGCCGCCACCAUCCACAGCGAUCACCACGAUCAACCGACAGGCAGCGAGUGCUUCCCGAGAAUAGGCCGCGUUCGCGAGCAGCUAGAUCGUGGCCGAGCCAAUGACUGGAUGAGGUUCUAAUCUCCUCAGGACCACAGAGUAGAAAUACAACAAACGUGUAAGCUUUUAAGGAGAGAAAUUAGGAGACAAAAAUAGAAGAAAAAAAACCCGAGAAGAAACAAAACACACGAUGGCUGACGGAAGAAAAAGCAGCGCUGCCGAGGAUGGCACCACCAGUAGUAGUGGUGGCGGCGGUACUACAGAUGGGUCCUCACCGACAGCCCGCAAACCGCUGUCGGUCGCACGGCUGAAGGAAAAGGGCAAGAAGCUCGCGUCGGCCCACAUUCACCGGGAGCUGGCCGUGAACGGUACGUCGGACAGUUUGAACCGGCUGCUGGAUGAUCUGCUGUCGCCGGAAACGCCGAUAUCGAAUAGCGAUAAUAUUGAGUGGUGCCGAUGGCUCGUUGCCGGCGGCAGAACACCUGCAGAGUUCGCAUCAAUCGUCCGAGCGUACGACAACCAUGCCAAAUGUGGUCUAGUGUGGAUCCCGCACGUGGUCGCCUACCGAUGCCGGACGUGUGGCAUCUCGCCGUGCAUGUCGAUUUGUCGCGAUUGCUUCAAGCGGGGCAACCAUCGGAACCACGACUUCAACAUGUUUCUAUCGCAGGCCGGCGGUGCCUGCGACUGUGGCGAUACGUCCGUUAUGAAGGCGGAAGGUUUCUGCAGCGAUCAUGGGCUAAACAACUGCCAGAACAAAUCGCCGGUGCCGGAUGAUUUGAUGCUCGUGGCGGAAGCGAUGAUGCCCCGGCUCAUACUGCGCAUGUUGCUACACUUUCGCGAGUACAGUGCGACCAAUCUCGAUUCGGCCGACUGUCGGCGAACGGCGGAAUACUGCAACGAGUACUGCGCAAUGCUGAUGGAGUUUAACAACAUGGGCGAGCUGAUGCGGCGCGUCAUGACACGCACGCUGAUCGAUCGGGGUGUGUACCGGCGGUUGCAGGAACCACCGUACCCGUCCACCCGGUACGGCAUGUAUCUGCGCGACAGUUGGCUACAGUACGAGGAAGCGUUGCGUCAGUUUCCGUCGCCGGAACCACCGCUCGACUACGCCCAUCUGGCGGCGCUCGGGCGUACGAUCGUGCACGAAACACUGCUCGAGGAGUUCAUCUUCUGGACGUUCAAGUACGAGUUUCAGCAGCAGAUCGUGUGCUUCCUGCUGAACAUGCUGCCGGACCAGGACUACAAGGAGCAUCUGACGCGCACGUUCGUGAUGCACUACUGUCGCAUACCGAGCGUGCUGGAGCUGUCCAGCGAUCCGGACACGCUCAGCAACCGGGUGGUGCACAUGAGCGUGCAGCUCUUCUCCAACGAAAGUCUCGCACUGAAGAUGGUGGAGGAGCUGUCGCUGCUGCACGUGAUGAUCAUCAGCUUGCGGCAGAUGAUGUCCAAGAUAUUGACGCCGCACACGUUGCACUCGCCGGAACACAACUUCCAUUACGUGGUGGACUGUGCCGAGCGCGUUAUGAAGGAACACUGCUACUGGCCACUCGUGUCCGAUUUCAAUAACGUGCUGUCGCACGAAUCGGUGGCGCUCGUCUUCCUAAAGGAUGACGAUCUCAUCGACAUGUGGUUCCAGUUCCUAUCGAUGCUGCAAGGAAUGAAUGUAAACAUUCGCGAAAUCAUCAGCCAUGUAGAGUACGAGUCGAGUUCCUACUAUGCCGCGUUCAGCUGUGAGCUAGAGGCGAGCGCCUACCCGAUGUGGUCGAUCAUCUCCCACCUGCAGGAUCCGUCCCAUGCACCGCUAGCAAAGAAGAUUAUGAUGUACUGCGUGAACUAUCUGCAGGAUUGGCUCGAUGCAAUCAAUUUCUACCGGCAGCCAACGUUUGGGAAGUUUGAAAUGGGCCGAGCGUCAUUUCACUUUCCGCUACAUCGCUAUCUAGCGGCGUUCAUCUGUCAGGCGGUGAAAACGAUGGGGAUGUCGUUGAACGAUAUUCUACCGUCGGCGGACCUGCUGCCGAAGCUAAUGAUGCAUCCACUGCGUGUACAGAGUUUGUUCUACGAGAUCCUGUCGGGCGAAUGGGUACGCAACGGGCUACAGAUCAAGGGCCAGGCGAUGACGUACAUCCAGGCAAACUUCUGCAACUCGAUGGUCGACAUGGACCUGUUCUUCCUGCAGAUCUGUGCAACGCAACUGCCACCGAACCUGUUCGUCAGCGAGUGCAUCAUGAUGUUCGGCGUGGAGGGCUGGUUGAGCAUGAGCAUACUUGACAUCCGGCCCGAGAUGGAGCAAGACGCGAUGUCGAUGCUCGAGGGGUUGCUAACGUUUCUGGCAACGCUCAUCACGUCGCGCAUCAAUCUCGGCAACGACGAGACGACACAGUGCGUGAUCGAGAUCAGUGCGCUGCUCGCGACCGGCGACAAAACCCACAGCCAGCUGUUGGAGCUGAUGCCGGAGCGGAGCGGCAAUGCACAUACGCGCAACUUCGAGCGUUACCUGAAAGAGCUGUCCAUCUAUCGGCCACCGCCGGUCGGGUCGGAGAACCUCGAGCAGGGCCUGUUCAUGCCGGUGCCGGCAGUGUGGGAGCGACACUACGAUCCACUGCAUGUGCUGUUGCGAGCGGUACACCGACGCGACUUCCAGAACUCGCUCGACCGGUUCGGGGCGUACGUGAAGCAGGUGGGCAAGAUGCCCCGGAGCGGCAAUCUGUGGCCACCGUUUCGGUUGCCCAGCUCGUGCGGUCCAUCGUACAGCGAUCCAGGUGCGAUACUUGGGUCGCGCAUCUUGCAUGCUACCAUCUUUGCCAUCUUUUACCGGGCAGUGCACAAGCACAACGUGUCCGAGCAUAUGCUGGCGCUCGCCGUGUUUCUGCUCGAGAUGGCGGUUUGUAAUGCGGGUGCGGCCGGUGGCGAGGCGACAACGAGCCGUUCGACGGUGGGCGAUAGUGGGGCGACGAGCAAGAGUCUCGAAGAGCAGUCCGGUUCGGUUGGCGGUGGUGCGGUCAACGAUACGGUGCCGGACCUGCUGAACUGCUAUCCGAGCAAUUGUUUGAGCGAUAAUCUGAAGAUGACGGUGAAGCGUAUCUCACUGUUUUCGGGUAUGCGUCGGUCACCCGUUUCCUACCGUCCGCUGGACGGUGGUUCGCCGGCAUUCGACAGUGACGUCGAGUGGGAUCUUUCUGAGGACGAAACGCUCAUGAUGAUCGGCGGCAAUGCGGAUGGCGAAUCGGGCACGGGGACAGUAGCAACAGCAACGGCGGGCGGUGCUGGUAGUGGAGAGCGCGUCGGAGGCGUUGGAGCUAGUUCUGCGGGAGCCGGUUCCGAACUUGUGCCGUCUCGAGGCACUGCUAGUGUUGAGGUGGUACCAAUGACGCAGGACCUUUCGCACCUUGCUAACAACAGCAUGAUGUUCCCGGCCCGCCGUCCGGCAAUUCACGCACCACCGGCCGCAUCCAGCACUGUGACGACAGUGGCAACCAGCGCCACGACGCAGAUGGUGGUGGAAGAGGAGGAAGACGAUCUAGACGAUGAUGAGCUAGAACGGGACCGAGGUACGACAAUACAGACGGCGACGACGACGUCAACGACGUCAACGGGAGCGAAUGUUGGCGGGACGGAGAUGGCUUUAAGGCGACGACCGUGGCAUCUGCUGCAGCGGCUACUCGGGCGUCAGCAGGCCGGUAAUGCGACGACGGAUCAGCAAGACGAAGACAUGCCGGCGUACCACGUUAUGGAUGCGGAUGGUGAUGUGGUGGUAGAGGAGGCGGAAGAGCAACAACCGAGCGAGCUGUUGGCGAUGCGCGCUCGCUAUCUGAUGCUCGAGCGGCGUCGCAGCAGCGUUGGCAAUGCGAACGUAGUCCAACCGGCCGACGUGGACGAUUACAUCGACGACGAGGAAGACGAAGAUGACGACGAUGAGGAGGAGGAAGAUCCUAGCGAGGUUGUACGCACCAGACCGAUAGGGGCGGAGAAUGGCGGGAACGACACCGGACAGCGACAGCAGCAGGUAGAGGACGAAGAGGACGAAUCGGCGGACAUUGCCGAUAUUCAAUCGAUUGUUCCACGUGCUUUGCUGGUAGGGGGUCGCACCCGUUCUAUGCAGCUUGGGCGUCGCCAACGGCAGGAUGGAGGUCCGCUGCAUCACCAUCACCAUCAUCAUCAUCACCACCACCAUCAUCCGUCGUCCGGUGGAAAUGUGGGUCCGGGUUCGCUUAUCCGAGCCAGCGUCCAACCGAGAGCGACCGAGUUUAUCGUGGAGGAGGCUGGCGAUGAGGUGCAAGGUACGCCAAUUUCUGGCACUGCAACGACCGGCGUUGAGCUGAUGAUCAGGCACGAGUUUGUGCCGGUACCGGGGACGGGUGUGGGUGAUGUUGGUGGACAGGAGAUUGCCGUCCCGCAGCAGCCACAGCGUGCCCUUACGCCUCCCGUCUUUGGUAGCACUGUUGGUGGUGGAGCUAUUGCCGGCCCGGCGGGAGGAGGAGGUACAGCGACAGAGCCCGGUAGUGGGAUGCUGCUGCCGUUCAAUAGAGUAUCCUCGUCAACUGGUACGGCAACCGCGACGGCUACUAGCGGAAACUUGAGCGUGGUGCCACAGCAACCGAAUCAGCUGCAGAACUACUACCAUGCAAACCACCACCAUCAUCAUCACCAUCAUCAUCGUCAUCAUCACCAUCAUCAUCAUCACAAUCAUCUCACUGCAACAGCAGCGGGCACGGUUGGAGCAGGCAACACGGCAGGUGGACCAAGUGGACCGCAGCAAAGCCCACAGUCGCUGCAGCAGCAAACACCGCGACACUACCAUAGAAGUCUACAGCCGGCAGGAUCAGGCCAAAUGGGUGCCGGUGGUACGAGUGGUGGUGGUGGUGGUGGUGGUGUUGGUGGAGCUGCAGGCACCACCAGACCCGGCGUUGGUCAAAUGAACUGGACGACGGCACCAGACGACGCAACCUCAAUGGCUAACAUCUUCAGGUUCAGGUUCAAGCGACGCAACCUGAUGAAUAACCAACGUCAUAAUCCGCAUGGCGCUGGCAACUCGUCCGGAACGACUGGCUGUGAGAUGACAACGCGUGAGGGCGCUGGCAUGGGUGCCGGUGGACGAGAAGGAUCCAACGAAAGCGAUACGCUCGUGCUGGAGGAGUCGAUCAUCUCGCUGCUGCUGAAGCUACACUCGCAACUGAGCGGUGCUUUGGACAGUUUUUCACUGGACGAUGAAACGGAGGAUGAGCUGACGACUAACGCGGGAAGCAGUAGCAGUGGUGGUGGUGGUGGUGGAAUAGGUACGACCAGCAGCCAACAGGCCACGGCCUCUUCCUCCUCCUCGACGAGCCAUCGCGAUGAUGACGAGCAUGCCAAAAUGGAUCUGGACGAGGACGAGAGUGUCGCGCCAUCUGCCGGUAGCAGCAGUAAUAGUAGCAGCAGCAGCAGUAGUAGAGGUCAUGAAACUAGUCAACAGAAGGCGACAUCGGCGGCACACGGGCAGCAGCAAAAGCGUCACAACCGUCGUGGACGCAUCUCGGACUCGCGCAUCGGUGACGGUCCGUUCUUCAUCGGCAAUCUGUUGCGCAAGAUCGCCGCUCUGGACGAAACGUGUGCCGUGCGCAUAGACCAGAUACGGGCGGAACUGUGGCCGAACCAAAGAGAGCGGCAGGCGGAGCAGAAGGCACGCGAGGCACGCGAAAAGGAGGAACGGACAAAGCGGGCCAAGGAACGGCAGAAGAAGAUGAUGGAAGAGUUCGCCAACCGACAGAAGCGCUUCAUGAUGCUCGCGAUGGCCUCCAUGGGUGGCGACGGUACGUCCGGCAUGGACUUUGGCAUGGACGGUGACGAGGAGACGGAGGGUGGUGAUGGUGGUGGUGAUACGGCGGCGGCCCGUGUUGCGGCGGAACGCCGGGCAGCGGAAGAGCAGCAGGCGGAAGCGUUACGCGAGAAGGAGUACGACUGCAUCAUUUGUAACACUUCCGGUCCGAGCACGGAAACGAACCCGAUCGGGUUGGUGGUGCUGGUCGAGUCGAGCAGUGUCGUCGGACAUCGGCGUAUCCGUUCCGAGCGGUUGGCGUUACCGUUGAGCAAGGAGGAUUUGGCUCGGUUAAGCGAGAGCGUUACGCUAGCGAGCGAGUUUAACAGGCGCAUUGAGCUGCUGCAGUGGAAGUUCGGCCAAACGUCCUGGUUUCUGUCGCACAACAUCGGCUGGGAGGGUGGCGUACACAUUCAAUCGUGCGGCCACCAUGUGCAUCUGUCCUGCCAGGACGCUUACCUGAAGUCGCUACACACACCGCGCAGUCCGAACAAUCUGAACGUGGAGUUGGGCGAGUUCUUCUGUCCGGUAUGUCGCCAGCUAGCGAACUCGGUGUUGCCCCUGAGCCCCGCACUUGAUCGACCGGCACCGCUGAUACGUGCCCCGACACCACCGCACCGUGCGCUCGUACUGGAGCUAAUACAGCUGUUUCAGGAAAGCAAACGUGCACCGAUGGCGAGCAAGUUCUGUGAGGCGAUGGGCCGUGCCAUGGGCAACAUUACCGCCUGUACGCAGCGCAACAUCAAGCGCUACCCGGUGACGCUGCAGAGCCUGUUCUCGUUCGUACUGUCGAUUGCUCGCACCAACCUCGAGGCGGAAGUGAUACAGCGCGGCGGUUCACUUUGCAGCACGGAAGACAUACGGUACAAACCGAAGCGCGAUUGUAUCGUACCGCUGUUGCACGUGCUAUCGUUACACGUCCGGCUAAUGAUCAACGACGAUUGGCCGAUACGGUUUAAGGUGGGUGACGAUUGGCCGUGGCAUUCCUGGUCACGGUUGGCCGGUAUCCAGCUCGCCUACGGUUGUGACGAUGUGGAGGUAGGCGUGGAAGCGAACGAGGAAUCGGUGGAAAGGUUGGCGAUGGUACCGGCUCGGAAUGCGCCCGGUGCUGCCAAUGAAAACGACGAUGAGGAUGAGCAAGAUGAUGAUGAUGUGGAGGAGGACGAGGAAGAGGAGGAGCAGGAUGAUGGGAGCCCGAAGGAUGGAAAGCAGCGUGCAAGAAUACCGUCUAGCGUUCGUGGCAUGCUAUUACCGCCACCGGCAGACUCCAGUGAGGAAGGUACGGAACUAGCAGACUCGCCCGCAUCGUCCGGUACAGAAGCGACCACCACGAUUAGUGGAGCAGCAACAUCGGCAGGAUCGGCAAAAACAGCAUCAGCCACGCCAUCGUCGACGACAACGACGGCCGCCACCAGCACAAUCGUGGACACGGAAACCAUUCCCGAUCUGAUCAGCGAUCCGACCGCCCUAAUGCUUAAGUUCAUCCUGCUGGCACCACUACAUCUCGAUCAAGCCUACUUUACGUGCAUCGUGAAGGUGAUGUAUAACCUGCUGUACUAUCAGAUUGUGCUACAGCUUUGCACUCACCUGACGGACGAAGAGUGCGAUGAAAUCCUUGCCCGGUACGGUCCGACGGCACAGCCACCACCACAGCUGGUGCGCGAGCGUGGCGUAAUGCACAUCGGCGUUGCGAUGGCGUUCGUGCUAAGCCAACUCGAUCGUUGCCGUCACAUCCGCAGCGAUAGCAUACUGAUGGGCGAAAUUGGGGGCAGUCGCGAUGAUAUCGAACCAUCGACCGGGGAGUCGGGCGCCAAACGCCUUAAUCUCGACGUGUUCGAAAAGCGUUUGCAGCGGUUGUGCUUACCGUUUUUGCGCGUUGCUGCCCUGCUCCGGCACCAUAUCUAUCGGGCCGAGAUACCGGAAAUAGCUGGCCCGCAGCUAGAGUUUGCCCGGUUGGUCUACUUUCUCGAGCUGGUAACGGUGUCGAUGGAUUGGGACAAGUUCAAUGCGAGCCGAGCGCUGUGCUUCCUGCCCGGUACGGAACUGUCGCUGCCGAAGAAUUGGUGCGAUCAGCUGCGCAACCUGCGGCCGACGUACGAAUCGACCCGUUCCCUCAUCGUCCAGCAGCACAUCGAGUGGCGUCAGCCGAAGUUGCUCGGGUUGCCACGUGAAUACGAGCGGCUGUUUACGUAUUACCACGAGCAACCGUGCCAGAAGUGUCAGAACGUGCCGAAGGAAAGCUCCAUCUGUCUGCUGUGCGGUACGAUUGUGUGUAUCAAGCAAACCUGCUGCAAGGAAAUGGAUUGCUGUGAAGCAGUACGGCACUCGAUCAGCUGCGGUGGCGGUACGGGCAUCUUCCUCGUGAUCACCUCGACGUACAUCAUUAUCAUUCGGGGACAUCGGGCGUGUCUGUGGGGUUCGCUCUACCUGGAUGACUACGACGAGGAAGACAGGGAUUUGAAGCGUGGCAAACCAUUGUAUCUGAGCGAGGAUCGAUUCAACCUGCUCGAGUCGCAGUGGCUAUCGCACCGGUUCGCUCACACAAAGCAUAACUGGGUUUGGCAUCGUGAUUCCCUUUAAACGGCGCACCACUCGCUAUUGAUGUAGUACUCUCCCUUAUCAUCGGUAUGGACUUCUUCAUCUGUUGUAUAUGUGCAGUAGAUGUGAACUAAAAAGAAAAAAAACCCGGGCCGGUCGGAAACUUAGUAGCCGAUAUUCGACGAUGUAUUUUGGGAUGUGUGUGAUGAUGCGAUCGUCGUUGUGUGGGGGCGUACGUUUUGUGAUAUUUUUCUACAACACCUCACCAAGGAACGAAUUUCGGCUGCAAGACUGCGAGAGCGAGAGAGAGAGAGAGAGAGAGAGAGAACGCGAAGCGAUACCGAAUGAGAAGGGAAUCGAGAGGGAGAUAAGGAGAGAGAGCGGGAGAGAGAGUGGUAGGGAGAGGGAGCAAGAGAGAGAGUGGUAGAGAUAAUGGUAGAGAGAGUGGUAGAGAGAGAGAGAGCGGAAGAGAGAGAGAGAAGGAAAGAGAGAGAGAGAGAUCGGGAGAGAAACCGGGAGAGUGUAAGCUAGGUAGCAUUAGUUUUCGUUUACCUAGCCAUUACCAUGUAAUGAAAGGAUACGAUCAUUGUUCCAAAACACCCCCCCCCGUAUAAUGGGCGGCGCCAUUAGAGUCUGACGUACCGGACGUUGCUGUCCAUUUUGAAUUUCUCUGCUUUAGUGGAGCAUAUGUGUGCAUGUUUCUGCACAUUAAACAAGAAGAAAGAGGGAGAAGAAGAGAAAGAUCGAGAACGAGAGUGAGAAAGCGAGAGAGAGAGAGAGAAAGAGUUCAGGACGAUUGCAAAUGGCCGAAUCGUCCCAAAAAUGGUGGUAUUUUGUGACAAAAUUGUGAUACAUAUACUCUAUUUUACCAUUGCGCCUCCCCCUCCAAGAACGGCCGCGGGUGGUUUUCUCCAUCGGCUGAAUUUUCUUUUCUCUCUCACACACACACACGCACACACAAACACAAACACAAACUCUUUCUAACUCUAUCUACGCACAGACCGAAUCCCUGCUCCCACUCGAAACCUACCACCAUCCUUCCUUUAAGACGUGUGUGUGUCUGUCUCUAUGUGGGAGUGUGUGUGUGUUUUACACAUGUGCUUGCUUCCGAAGCCGGUGGUGUGCACAGCUGGCUUUUGGUUAUCAUUUCUUUUUUCCUAUUAUUCUUGUUAUUCAUUGUGUUUUCUUGCAAGGGAAAUGUUUACUAGUGUUUAUCCAACGAUGUGUACAUGCUCGCCGUUGAGGCAACUUAGCUACAUUAAAAAAAGAAAACCAUAUUCAUAUAGGUAUAUAUAUAUAUGAAGGGAUAUGCAUACAUGGAAGCAUUAUAUAUGCACUAUAUAUAUAUGCUACAUAGUUAGCUACAAUUAGGAUGAACUGAUGAAAAGAGAACGCGGGAGAGAGCGUGAACGGGAGAGCUUGAGAUUGAAAAAUGGACAGAGACAGGCGGGCAAAACGAUUUGAAAAUGAUUUUGAUUUGACGACUUGAUGCAAGCGUGUUGGAAAAGAGAUUACCAUUACCAAUUUGAACCUGAUAAUGAUGGUGUUGAAUAUGAAAAAGUUGAUAUUAACCCUUGUUCCUGGUGUAGUAGAAAUCGAUUACACAUAUACACAUAUAUUAAUCUCCGCUCUACGUCUCUCUCAUGCAUAGCGCUAGGUAUAUUAUUCAAUUGAAUUUCUUCGCAUACAAUUUAAAUGCAUCGCUGUAAUGUUACAAAUCCAACCACUCCCCCCUCCCCUCCCCAUUCUCCUCCUUCUCGUCCUUUGCAACACUUCCAGCUAUCAACACCCAUCAUCGUAAUUCUUUAUGCGAUGUCCGACUAAACACACACCACCCGAUGAUACAUGUUUUCAUGACUGUUUGGCUGUUUGAAUGGUAAAUGUCACUUGAUUGCAGAUCAAUGUAAUAUGCCGUCUAUAAGUACUGAAAUUGUAUAUCUCGGUGUCACUCCUUUACAAACAAAGUUCGCUCCGAUCGCGAUCGGGCCUUGCUAAUUCAAAAGCACAUCGACAAAAUUCAAAAUUAAUCCGUUGAAACAAAAGAAAAAAACAUCUGGCCACAACAGAAUCGGAAAAAUCGAGGAAAAUUCACGCAACCGGAUUGGCAAACAGGGAACCCUAAAUGAAGCUUCUAGCGAGCUAUAGGAAGGAAUAUGGACUCAAUUCAUUACACGCGACACGUAUAGAAAAGUGGGUUAAAUUGGGGUUAGGUUUUUUGACAGCGGAACAAAUUGGCAUAAUUGUAAUUGUAAAAUUGACUAGAAUAUCAAAUUAACGGUGUGUAAAAGAACGGUGUGCAUGUGUGUGUGUGCACGCAUAUGUGUGUGUUAAAGAAUUAAUGUUAAAUGGCUUCGGAGAGCGAGUGAGAGAGAGAGAGAGAGAAAGAGCGAAAGCGAGCGCAAUCGCUCCUCUGCUUAAUCGGUGUUUUUUCUCCUCUUCCUCUUCUUUUCUUUCGUUUCGCUCUAGAACUUUCAAGAGGAGAACGUCUUUUUUUGGAUGUAAUUUUCGUUAAAUCUAUGCUCUUUACAACGCUUUUUUUUCGCGUUGUGAGCGUUUUUGAAUUUAUUAUUUUCUUUUUUCCUCUUUUUUUUUGCUCUCCUAAACACGCGAAUGGCCUUGGGUGUUUCGUAUGAAUUAAUUCAAAAAUUGAACUCCGACUUUCGUUUUUUUUUUCUCUCUUUAAAAUUAUGUUUUGCAUGCGGUUUAUAAUUACGACUAUAUUACGUUUACUCUCUACCGCGCUAAUGUGUAUUAUCUUCUAUGAAUUGUGUAUAUGGCAGUAGUGUUAAUAUAGUAGAUAAAUGUAUCAUUGUAUGCAUCAUUAAAACAAAACUGGGAUGAUCCUUA